AUUCUUUUUUUUUUUCAUCCUCAAGCCGCAUGCAACUUAACCCAACAAAAUAAAUUUAUGAUUAAUUCAUCUCAUCAACUGUCUAAUUGAAGUAUAUAUUAAUAUUUUUAAAAUUUAUGAAUAAUUAAUAAGUGCCAAAUUGUUAUAAUUAAAAAUAUAAUAAUUACAUUGAAUAAUAUAAUUUGUUCAAAGUAAAAAAUGUGGUUUGAAGAGUGUGAAAAUUUUGCUGAACUUUGGCGGGGUUUGCCAUAUUAUUUACUUAUUGUUUUACCAAUAUUUAUUGCUGUAUCACCAGUUAGUCCAGUAAUUGCUUCUCAUGAAAUUCCUGUUUAUCGAAUGCAUCAAUAUGAUCUUCAUGGUGUUGCUCAUGGAUGCAGAAGUGCUGCAAUACAGCUAGAAGCAAAAACAUUAAAUACUUGGAAAACAUCAAGACAUUGUGUUAUAACACGUAUGUCUGAUUUAACACCAGAUUUAUUUCAUGUUAUUAAAAACAAAGCUGGUGCUUUAAUUGUCAUGUUGCCAAAAGAUAUGCAAAAUUUAUCAGAUGAAGAACAACAACAUAUUUAUUCAAUUGAAAUGGCCAUGUCAUCUGAUGAAACAUCAAUACCAGUUUAUUUUUCACCUUGGAAUACAGAUCUUCAAAGAGUACUUGAUGAUCUUGGUAAUGGUAAUAUUAGUGAAGAAAAAGCAAGCUCUGAACUUAAAUCAUUAAUGAAUACAAUAUCAGCAAGUGGUUAUCAAGUUGUUGUUGGUUCUGGUAUUCCAUCACAAAAUAAUAAUAUUAAAAUAGCAACAAUACAUGGUAAACUAAGUGGUACUGGUAGUGAAGAAAAAUUACCAACAAUUGCAUUAGUUGCACAUUAUGAUAGUAGUAGUAUAAUUACUGAAUUAUCAUCUGGUGCUGAAAGUAAUGCUUCUGGUGUAUCAAUGUUGCUGGAAAUAGCAAGAAUAUUUUCAUCAUUAUAUUCAAUUAGUAAAUCAAGACCAAAAUAUAAUAUUGUAUUUGUAUUAACUGGUGCUGGUAAAUUAAAUUAUCAUGGUAGUAAAAAAUGGCUUGAGGAUCAAUUUGAUGGUAGUGAUAAUUCAAUAAUACAAGAUGCAUCAUAUGUUAUUUGUCUUGAAGCAGUAUCAAAAUAUAAUAAUAUUUAUCUUCAUGUAUCAAAACCACCAAAAGAUAAUUCAUUUGGUAAUUUAUUUUAUAAAGAAUUAAAUUAUGUAGCUAAAACAAUUGAUAAUACAACAAAAGUUGAAGGUGUACAUAAAAAAAUUAAUCUUGCUGAGGAGAGUCUUGCUUGGGAACAUGAAAGAUAUAGUAUCAGAAGAUUACCAGCUGCAACAUUAUCAACAUUAAAAACUUAUGAUGAUCCAGGAAGAUUAUCAAUUCUUGAUGUUAUUAAUGAUGCUGAAAUUGAUAGAUUAUAUAAAAAUACAAAAAUCGUUGCUGAAUCAUUAGCAAGACAUUUAUAUAAUCUUAAUACAACACAAAUAUUAUCAUCACCAGUUGAUGUAUCAAAAGAAUCAUUAACAAUGUGGAUGAAUUAUUUAACUUCACAAUCAAGAUCAGUACCAUUGUUAGCUGAUAAAAAUAAUCCACUUGUUAAAUCAAUGGAAGAAGUUAUGACACGUUAUUUAAAUGAUGUUAAAGUUUCAUAUCAUUCAUCUGAUAAAAGAGAUCCUGAAUUUGUAUUUUAUGAUGUCACCAAGGCAACAAUGAAUGUUUACAGUGUGAAACCAGCAAUAUUUGAUCUUUUUAUUACUUUAUUAGUUGUAAUUUACUUAGGAAUUGUUUAUCUUUCUAUUCAGCACUUUCCAAAAUUGUACUCAUUGUCAGUUAAAUUAUCAGUCAAAAACAAAGUAGCAUAA